AUGAAAAGGAAUAUUUUUAGUCUGUUUCGACAUGCAAAAAUUAAUUUAUCAAAUCUUUGCAAUAAACAACAACAGCAAAGAUCAAUUCGCACAUCUACAUAUAAUUUUGCCAGUGUUGAAGAACAAGUAAAAGAACAACAAAAACGAAAUGAAGAAGUACAAGAUAUGCCGGAAUUAGUUCGGGAUUUUCUUGAUCCAGCUGAAUUUUAUCGACAAGUAAAAAAUAUCUGUGGUAUUAAUUUUUUUUGUGGCGUUCCUGAUUCGUUGCUCAAAGAUUUUUGUGCUUAUAUAACAGCAAAUGUUCCAUCUAGCCAUCAUAUCAUUACCGUUAAUGAAGGUUCUGCUAUCGGUCUUGCUUGUGGCUCAUACAUGGGAACAGGACAACCUUCAUUGGUCUAUUUACAAAAUUCUGGUUUAGGAAAUAUUGUUAAUCCUAUCAUGUCUUUGGCAGCACCAGGUGUUUAUAGUUUACCAAUGUUAUUACUAAUUGGUUGGCGUGGUGAACCAGGCAAACGUGAUGAACCACAACAUCGUAUUCAAGGACCUGCAACACCGGGAAUUCUUGCUGCACUUGGUAUUCCUUUUCAACCCUUACCGGAUUAUCACGAUGGCGCUGGUCAAGCACUUGAAACAGCUAAACGUUAUAUGGAAACAGCAAAAGGUCCAUAUGCAUUACUCGUUAAACGGCAAACAUUUUUACCAUAUUCAUUGCCAAAACGAAAUGGAGAUGCUACAGCUGGCUUAAGUUUAACACGUGAAGAAGCAUUACAAUGUGUUCUGAGCCAUUUUCAGCAUCGAGAUGUUGUUGUUGGUACAACUGGAAUGCUUAGUAGAGAAUUAUUUGAACUUCGAAUGAAACGUGGUGAUGGACAUGAACGUGAUUUUCUAACUGUUGGCGGAAUGGGCCAUGCAUCAUCAAUAGCAUUAGGUAUUGCUAUUCAAAAACCAAGUCGAACUAUAUAUUGUUUGGAUGGCGAUGGUGCUGUUUUGAUGCACAUGGGCGUUUUAGCAAAUAUUGCUGCAGCUGCACCAUCAAAUUUUAAACAUAUUGUAUUUAAUAAUGGCACACAUGACAGUGUUGGUGGCCAACCGACAGUUGCAGGUGAUCAGAAGCAAUUUUCGUUUAGUCAAGUAGCUCAAGGUUGCGGCUAUAAACAUGUAUUCAUAGCAAGUAAUCAAAAUGAAAUAACUGAAGCAAUGGAAAAGAUCCGUGCAAUCAAUAAUGAUGGGCCAGUUCUCCUUGAACUACGUAUUAAAAGUGGUCAUAGAAAAAAUUUAGGUCGACCAUCACUAUCAACAAGUGAGAAUAGAAAAGAUUUUAUGCACUUUUUACAAUUAAGUUAA